AUGCACGCAUUGAAAGUAGCUUGCGAGGACUUUGGCUGGACAGAGAAAGAGUUGAGAAACAAAACGGCAGUCUGGCGCGGUUACCAAGAGAUAAAAGAAGCGGGAGGAUGGGUAUCACUCGUCUUCGCCGGCAUGGGCCUCUACCGUUUCUGCAAGUACCGCGUCGGCUUCACCAAAGAAGCUGUGCAGCGCCUUCAGAGGUUACGGCGGCGCUUCGAAGUAGCAGCCGACACGCUCCAUCCGCACUGGCGGCAGCUCCUCGCCAUCAUUGGUGAGCCUUCGGCGAGAGUGUACGACGGCCACCCCCAUGACUGGGUCUGGGAUUCUAACUUCAGCUUUGAGCAUCUCGAGGAGUCCGUCAUCGAUGAAGACGCUUGGGGGCCGUUGUGGGAUCCGAGACGUCCGACGCCAGCAGCUGCAGACGUUGCUCCCUCGCGUGUCUACGUCUGCGAUUCCUUCCCCCGCGGGACCGCCAUCGGCGAAUUCAUCGGCCUCCUAACGCGGCAUCUUACGAACACCGACGUCAUGGUCGGGCAGCCCUCUCCCACCUCUCCAGCAUACCAGAUCCACCAGGGUCGGCAGGGCAACUACACGCGCUUCGUGAAUCACAGCUGCUGCCCAAACGCGCAGUUCGAACGCUUCAGCUGGAGGGGCGUGCAGAGGAUCGUGCUGAUUAGUAGGGGGAUCCCCACGGGAGGAGAGAUCACGGUGGACUAUUGUGAGGGGUAUUGGAGGGGGCUGGAUAAGGUUUGUUUGUGUGGGGAGAAGGUGUGCCGAUAUAGAGAUAGGUAG